GGAUCACCCACCCUUUUGCAUGUGACUCAACAAAACGUGGAACGGUUCCAUACCGUAAUACUCCAUAUUGACAUCAGAGCACACUGAUAGAUCAGGUUAUCAGAAGACACUGAAAGAUGGCUGUAACGAAGAAUAUUUGGCUUAUUUUAACUUUCGGCGUUCUAGCAAGCGCCGCAUUUCUCACGUCAUCAAGGAAGGUCCUAAGCGCGAAAGACAGAAAAUGCUUCCAACGGUUGAGAACAUUCGGAUCACGCCUAUUCACUUGCUGUGAUGGAAGAAUCGUGUAUAAACCAAAUUCAGUCUCCUAUUGCUGUGGUAACCAGGCUUAUGACCCCCUGAGGCAUAUCUGUUGUGGAAAUCAAGUGUAUCGCAAGAAAGAAAGGUACUACACAUGUUGCGGUGACGAGCCAUAUAGCCCCUCUAAACAAGGAUGUUGUGGAAACCAACUGAUCAAUAGGGCGGGAGAAGGCUGUUGCCGAAACGUCAAAUACAACAAAACAAUGGAUGCUUGUUGUGAAGGGAAUGUGGUGCCUAAACUUGGUGGGGAUACUUGUUGUGGACCUUUCGUGUACAAAAACGAUGAAUUCAUCUGUUGCUCAGGAUUUUUGCAGCCUUUCUCUUCUGGUGGCCAAGAUCAUUCGAAAUGCUGCCUGACUGAUUCUUAUGAUUCUAGAACACACAUUUGUUGCAACUUGAAGAUCACAAAGAAGAAGAAUUCACAAGAUAGCGGUUGUUGCUAUGGAAGGACCUACAACAUCAAAACCCAGUAUUGUUGUACUGGGCAAAUCCUUGAUCGCAAACCUGGUGAGGAUUCAGCAUGUUGCAAUAGUGCCACAUCUUCCUUAAGUUACGACAGAAACAAGCAAAUUUGCUGCCGAGGAAAUCUUCAGCUAAAAAAGUGGGGCAAAAACACUGGCUGUUGUGAAGGGAAAAUAUUUGAUUUGAACACAGAGCUUUGUUGUGAUUCAGAAAUAAAGAGGAAGUCUCCAGGAAAGGACAGAUGUUGUGGAUCGUUUCUAUACAGUGGGGAAAACUACUUAUGUUGCAAAACAAGGCUGUUUUACAAACCUAGCAGAUUCUUUCUUUGUUGCAAUGAAGCAACAUUUGACAACAGAUAUUACAGCUGCACAGAAGGGAAAAUCAUUCCACGUGGAGGGGGAGCUUAAAGAAAUUUGAACUCCAGAAAACAACACAGACACAAUUGAAUUAUUUUUUUUAGCUAAUCCUAAUAGCUUGAAGUCAUAUAGCAGGGAGGAGCAUUUUAAAAAUUUUCCAAAACUGUAUUUGUUGCAGAAAACAACAGCAAAACCCAUACAAUAAGCAUCACAAU